AGGUACACUCAAACAACUGUACUAUACUCUCAUAUAUCCGUAUCCGUAUCGUACCAAAAUAAGUUAAAUAUAAUCAAAGUAAGUCAAAAUAACUGUAUUCGCUGCAUCUUCUCUGCAAACAAAACAGACAGUCCCACACCGUACUUUACACUAUUAGAAAUCUUAAAGUUAGAGAAUACCUUUAAAUUAAAAAUUGGCACUGACUUGUACAUAAAAUUCAAUAUCAAAAAAAGGAUACACCUCCUGCCCUCUAUGACUUAGUUCAACCGGCUUCAGCUGUCCGUAAUUAUAAUACUAGGUAUGCCACUAAUCAAAACCUGUGCAGACCGUUUUCCAGAACUAAUUAUGGCCUAGCAAGGUUUAGUGUAGUGGCGUCACAGACCUGGGAAGCAGCACCUAUGAAAAUUAAGUGUCUCCCCUCGAACAGUUUUAAAAAAGAAUAUAAACUCUUUCUACUUGACAGUCAGGCAUCUUGA